UUAGGUGAUGAUACUACCCAGACUCUAAUCCUAGUUCAUACCUUUAACCAUGUCUUUUACUACCAUUCAUCUGGUUGAAUCCACUUCCUCAUAUUUGCCACAACUGUGCCGUCAGUUUUCCUUGUCUGAGAUUGAACUUGCGACCCAAAACUUUGAUGAGUCGUUGGUGAUCGGAUGUGGGGGAUUUGGCAAAGUUUACAGAGGAACCAUCACUUAUGGAGAAAUACAUUUGGAUGCUGCAAUUAAGCGACUGGAAUCAGGUUCUAAUCAAGGAGCAGUAGAAUUUUGGGCUGAAAUUAAGAUGCUCUCGAAAUUAAGGCACUCUCAUUUGGUAUCUUUGAUUGGUUACUGUAACGAUGGGCAAGAGAUGAUUCUUGUGUAUGAUUAUAUGCCUAAUGGAACUCUUGCAGAUAAUCUCCACAAGUGUCGUGCUCCUCUAACUUGGGUGCGAAGACUUAAGAUAUGUAUAGGGGCCGCUCUAGAUUACCUUCACACUGGUACCGGUAUCAAGCAUGGAAUUAUACAUAGGGAUGUUAAGAGCACAAAUAUAUUGUUAGAUGUCAAUUGGGCAGCAAAGAUUUCUGACUUCGGGUUGUCCAAAAUUGGUCCAACGAAUCAGCCUACAACGUAUGUCAACACUUUUGUUAAAGGUACAUUUGGAUAUCUGGAUCCAGAUUACUUUCAAACAGGUAGGCUAACUCGAAAGUCUGAUGUGUAUGCCUUUGGGGUGGUACUGUUUGAAGUCUUAUGUGGGAAACAAGCAGUAGAUAGAAGUAUUGAUGAAGAACGUUGGGGUUUGGCAACAUGGGCUCAAGACUCCAUUAAAGAAGGAAGGCUAAAUCAGAUCGAUGAGCCGAAUAUAAAGGGGAGAAUAUCCCCUAAAUGUUUAAAGCAGUUUGCCCUACUCGCUGACCGGUGUUUGCACAGCCGUCCCAAGCAACGUCCUACAAUGGCCGAGGUUGUGGUGGGUCUUGAGUCUAUCCUAGCCUUACAGGAGAAAACCGAGACUACAUUGCUCAUCAAACAUGCUGGCAGACGGGUACCAACAUUUCUCUUUCCAUCCAUUUGGGAAAAGUCAGUUGGAGGUACAAGUUUAAAAUCCCUGGAUCGAUACCUCUACACUAUUGGCGGUGAAGACCGAAUAAUACACCGGUUUGAUUUUAAUACAAUCAUUUAUGCAACUGAAAACUUCUCUGAAGACAAUGAGAUUUUUUCCAGCAGAUUUGAGUCCACCCUGUACAAGGGACAACUACAAAAUGGACAGGAUAUAACAAUCGCUCAAUUUUCUGAUACAAGGGUAUACGAAGACUGUAUGAAUGAAGCAUCAAUACUUGUAAGGUUUAAACAUGAAAAUGUGAUUCAGUUUCUUGGGUAUUACAUUCAUGGAAGAAAGGGGUACCUCCUCUAUGACUUUGCACCUUAUGCAACUCUGGAAGGCUUGAUUUCUGAUCCUAAGUGUAAUGUUUUGGACUGGAGUAAACGGUACAACAUAAUCCUAGGUAUAGCCAGGGCACUUGUGUACCUUCACAAUUAUGCUCCCACUCGGAUCAUACAUCGUGUCGUGAGCCCUUCAAACAUCGUUUUAGAUGGAAGUUUUAACCCCAAACUGUCAGGUUUUGGUUUAGCAACCGCAGUCAACGAAACUGACUGCAUUCGUGUUUAUUUGAUUCGUGGGACCUACGGAUAUAUGGCACCUUAAUACAAAAUCGACGCAUGUGUGUCAACCAAGACAGAUGUCUUUAGUUUUGGUGUGUUGAUUUUGGAAAUUAUAACUGGACAAAGAUCACACGAUUUAUCACGCUUUGACGAGGCUAUGCUUUUUAAUUAUGUAAGAUUAGAUUAGGUUAUGUGAUGGCACACUUGUGUUUGUAUAAUCUGUAUUCUAGAAAAUAUAUGCAUUCCAACUUCUUGAAUCAAA